CCGAGUGACGUGACGUGAAACACGGAAGUAAACAAAGGUCCAAAGAGUAGCUUCGCGUCGAGCUUCUCUGCUUUAAACAUGUCUGUUUCUAACCCGAGACAGACGUUCUCUAACCCGGCGGUUCCCUUUGCUGGGACCAUCCUGGGCGGUCUGCUCCCGGGGGAGAUGGUUCUCAUCCAGGGCUCCGUGCCGUCUGAGGCCGACAGGUUCCAGGUGGACUUGACGUGCGGCAGCAGCGUGAAGCCGAGGGCCGACGUGGCGUUUCACUUCAAUCCGAGGUUCAAGAAGUCUCCGUGCGUCGUCUGUAACUCUCUGCAGAAGGAACGCUGGAGCAGAGAGGAGAUCCUGAACCAGAACCCGUUCACUGUCGGGGAGACCUUUGAGCUCAUCGUCCUCGUCCAGGAGGACUCGUUUAAGGUCUGAGACCACAUGACUCACUUACAUCUAGUACAGUA